UGAGCAGGUUUGCAUAGGACACCUAUAUAUUAGGCUGCUUUUCCUUCGCGUCAACUUCCCCUUGGCUGAGCCUUAGGGCCCAAGCGAUAUUACCCUACAUAUUCAUUAAGUGAUCUUACUCCAUAUCUGUGUACAUAUAAGGCGUCGUUAAACGCGGGGGCCCUGCCCGGGCGCCGGGCAAGAUGUCGAACGAUGCUCGCAAGACCUUCGUGGUCACCACUAUUGCUUGUGCUAUUGCACCUGCUGGGCAACAGGACCAAUACGCCGCUUAUUUGGGGCAAGAUGACAGCGGGGCCAUCGCUGCUUUCUUGGACUCCACAAAUAGCACGUUGCAGGCUGCUGUUUCUGGCUUAGGCACGGGACAGCUGCAGCUUAAGCUCUCCAACACAGCUGAGUUCCCCGACGGAUGCGAGUUCUCGGUGGUCCUCUCCAAGCUUCGCUCCGGUCCCCUGCGCCCCGAGGAUGUCCCUGGCGGCGUGGCGGUAUCCACCGUGGCCCACUCCCCUCUCAGCAGCUUGUACCACGCGCUUAAAGACGUGUACAGCCCGCUCAUCCAGUCGCAAUCGUCCGAGGUCGUGCUGGACAAGCGCCUCCGGGAGCUGCUUGCGCAGGUGCAGGCCGGCCUCGGAACUGCCGUACGCAAGGGCACUCCGGCCAGCGCACAGGAGGUCUCGGACCCCAACCAGGCGCCGCUGCAGGAAAUCGUGACGCCCCUGGAUGAGGUCAACUUCUGGGCGGAGCUUACCAACAGUCCUAAUGCAGGGCCUAUCAAGAGCGCAGCGUUGCAGGUCAACUGUGCACUGGAGCCCCUGCGCCAAGCGUACGAGCAGCUUGGCAGCGACGCACCUGAGGGCGAGGGCGGCAUGGGCUGGGAGGACGCCAAGGAGGUGGUGGACCUCACCACCACGGCGGUGCGCACGGCUUGGCCCGUGAGGCUGCCCAUUGGCGGCUGGGCCAUGGGAGAGAAGCGGGCCGCCAACUUUCUUCGCGUCGUGGGUGCGGCGCUGGCGUCCUACGUGCAGCGCCGUGUGUCGCAAAUGUCCGCGAUUGGCACGGGCGACCUUUGGAGCAUGCCGUUCUCUGAGGUUCGCGCGCUGUUGGUUGGUGCCAGCGGGCUGAUGACGCGGUGGGUGCAGGAGAGCCUGGCGAUGGUGCAGGAGUUUGGGGAGGACGCGAGCCGCAGGUGGGAGGGCGCGGCGUUCGAGGACAGCUACGUGCGCUCGUUCCGCGACCGGCUGGAGGAGAUUUACAACGUACGUGAGAUGGUGGAUGAGCUUGCUAAGCUGCUUGGCCGCGAGGAGGCGGGUGCGCUGGGGGUGCAGCAGGUCUUCACGCCCUUCCAGGGUUUACAAGCGCUUCAGGUCAGCGAGUACACCUCACAUGUGUGGAAGGCGGCUCUUGAGGACUUUGAGCGCCGCAUGAUCCCCAUCGAGCAGCGGAUCAGCCAGAAGCUGAAAGAGCUGUUUGGAUCCGUGAUCAUCCCCAGCCUCACCAGCGCUAUCGGACCCGGGCGCGGCGGUGACCGCGGGGCGACUGGCAGCUCCCUCAUCCAGCCACAGCAGGUCUUUGCGGAGAUCAAACGGUACAGCAACCUAAUGGGGCGCCCCAACAUUGCGUCAGCGCUGCAGUCUGAAAAGGAGCUGCUGGCUAAGCAGGUCGAUCGCCAUCUGGACAGUGUGCAGUCGGAGUUCGACACACACCGUGACUCAGCAUCCGGCGGUUCUAAGGUCGCUGCUGUGGGUCGUGUGACCGCAGCCAUUGUGGAGCGCAUCAUGUGGUGCAUGCAGACGUCGCAGAAGCUGGGCAAGGUGCGGGAGGUGCUGAAGCACAUGCUCCGCGACGGCGCCAGCGAUGAGGGCUCGGGCGGUGUGGCCCUGCGCAACACCCUGGGAGUGGUUUCGGAGCUCAUCAAGGAGGUCGACAGCUUCCGCAAGGAGCAGCACACGGCGUGGCAGGACUGGAUGUCGGAGGAGCUGAGCGACAUGGCCAGCUGGAAGAACAGCAAGCUCAUGACGUUCGACAGCCAGAGCAGCCACGUCAAGACGCACUUCAACGACCAGCUGGUGCUGCUGCUGCGGGAGGUACGGCAGCUGCAGAGCCUGGGCUUUCCGGUGCGCAAGGAAAUCCUGAACGAGGUGGAGGUCGCCAACAAGUUCUACCGGUACGGCAUGGUUUUGAAGCAGCGCGCCAACUUCUACAACAACAUCGCGACGGAGAUGGUGCCCUGCCAGAAGCCCAUGAUGCUCAAGGACGCGGUGGACUUUGAGAAGGUGCUGAUGAACCCCAAGGACGCGCAGGGCAAGGAGAUCACCUGGCGCAACGCGGCCGCGCUGGACGGCUACGUGCGCCGGCUGAAUGAGGUCGCGGACCGUUUGGCCGAGAAGAACCGCACGCUGCGCAAGUGGCAUUCGGUGCUGGCGGAGAAGGUCGUUACGCUGGCGGGCACUGACCUGGUGCGCAGCAAGGACAAGUGGGCGGCGGGCGUCAAGGAGAUGCGCGACGUGUUUGGCCGCCUGGAGUCGGAGGGCUACUCCCGGGAGACCCAGCAGGUGUGGCGGCAGCACUGGGACUUCCAGCUGUACAAGGCGCUGGAGGUGCAGUACCUGUCGGGUCUGGAGAUGAUCAACAAGACGCUGCCCGAGGUGGAGGUCAAGAUGGUGUUCCGCCAGCACCGCCUGCAGUAUGACCCGCCGCUGGAGGAGCUGCGCAUCCGCCACGUGAAGGACCUGCUCAACACCUUCCUGGGCCUGCCGCUGCGCAUGAAGGGUGUGAGCGACCUUUCGGAGCGGCCGGGCUUCUUCCGCCCCAUCGUGGACGCCAACCCCGCCGGCAUCGCGCGCGUGUACGCGGCUGCGGAGGCGCUGUUCGCACAGCUGGCGGAGGAGCUCAAGAAGUACCAGGACUGGAUGGUGCUGGGCACGGUGGACCUGGACGAGUUCGUGGACGCCAACCUGGUGGAGGUGUCGGACUGGGAGCUCAACUUCCGCAUGCUCAAGGCGGCCAGCAGGGACGCGGAGAAGCUGCCAAAUGAGGUCCGUAUCGAGUGCUACAAGGUAUCCCUGGCGCCUGUCAAGGGUUCCAUUGACGAGCACAUGAAGAAGCUGCAGGAGGCGUUGGUGGCCAGCCUGCGCCGCAAGACAAUCGCUGAGAAGGACCAGAUCGAGGACUUUAUGAAGAACGGCCGGGAGCUCUUCACCCGCCAGGCCAACACCGUGGAAGACAUUGGCAACGCCGGCCAGGAGGCCAAGGCCCUCACGACCAAGCUGGUGGAGGUGCAGGACGCGCGCCGCCGCAUCGACGAGAAGAACAAGCUGCUGCGGCAGAUGGCGGGCGGCGGCCGCGACGCGGCGUUUGCGGUGGUCGACCUGACGGAGGUGAACAACAGCUGGGACGCGUUCACCAACCAGCUGCAGCAGUUCGAUGCGCACCUGGAGGAGCAAAAGAACCAGCUGGCGGUGCAGAUUGCGCGCCAGCUGGAGGAGUUCAAGGGCAAGGUGACGGGCAUGAACAGCCGCUGGCACGAGCUCAAGCCCAAGGGCGGCCCCAGCGGCAACCCCGCCGUGGUGCUGGCCAAGAUCCAGGAGUACGCCAACUCCAUCAAGGAGCUGCGCGAGGAGAGCGCCAAGCUGUACAAGGAGGCGGAGGCGUUCAAGAUCGACGUGCCGGACUUUGACCUGCUGAACGAGCUGGAUGCGGACGUGACGACCACCAAGUCGCACUGGGAUCGCUACGCGGACUUCCUUAAGGAGCGUGAUGAGAUGGCCAACCGCGACUGGCUGUCCAUGCGCGACCAGGUCUGGAAGAUUGAGGACUUCCUGGCCAAGUGGACCAAGGCCACUGCGGGCAAGGGCACCGAGGACCCCAUCGCUGUCAUCCUGGUCAACGAAAUCGACAACUACUCGCUGUGCCUACCGCACCUCAAGUCCUGCCUGCGCGGUGCCGGCUGGGAAGACAGCCACUGGAGCCAGCUGUUCGGCAUGCUGGGCAUCAAGACCACCGGCCCCGCCGCCGUUAGCAAGGAGACCGUUACCCUGACACACUUCCUGGAGAAGGCAGACUUGGUCGUCAAGCACGCAGAUGCCAUUAAGGCUCUGGACGCGCAGGCGCAGGGCGAGGCGGUGAUCCGCAAGGCCCUGUCGGAGCUCAAGAUGUGGGGCAUGGCGCGCGAGUUUACCUUCACGGAAAGCACGCAGAGUGUUGCCGGUCGCCAGCGCCGUACGCCACUGAUCAAAGAGUGGCGCGAUGCGAUGACCGAGGUGGGCGACAACCAGUCGCUGGUGGCGUCGCUGAAGCAGAGCGGCUACUACAACAUGUUUAAGGAUGAGGUGUCAAGCUGGGAGAACAAGCUGUCCUUCCUCCAGGAGGGUCUCGCGCUGCUCAACCAGAUCCAGCGCAAGUGGGUGUACCUGGAGCCCAUCUUUGGGCGCGGCGCGCUGCCGUCGCAGCAACAGCGCUUCCGCAAUGUGGAUGAGGAGUUCCGCCGCACCAUGACCAGCCUGGAGGCCACCAAAAAGGUGGUGAGCUUCGCCGACAUUCCGGGCAUUCGUGAGAAGCUGCCGCAGAUGGCGCAGCAGCUGGACGUGUGCCAGCGCGCGCUGGCGGACUUCCUGGAGGAGAAGCGCUCGCAGUUCCCGCGCUUCUACUUCCUGGGUGAUGACGACCUGCUGGAGAUCCUGGGCCAGGCGCGCAACCCCGCCGUCAUCCAGUCGCACCUCAAGAAGCUCUUUGCGGGUAUCCAAAAGGUUAAGUUCAGCCAGGACCAGAGCACCAUCCAGGCCAUGCAGAGCAUGGAGGGUGAGGUGGUAGACCUGGCGCCCACGGUGCGCAUCACCGAGCAGAUCGAGACGUGGCUGGGCGACCUCACACGCUCCAUGCGCAACACGCUGCAGCAGCAGAACGAGGUUCUGUGCGCCGGCCGCAUGAACGACGAGUUCCGCGCGGCAUCCAGCCAGAACCUGCAGCUCAAGGAGGCCGUCGCGUUUACGGAGAAGGCGGAGGUGGCGCUGAAGGCGGGCGCCGCCGGGUUGGGCAAGCUGGUGACUGACAUGCGCGCGCAGCUGCACAAGCUGACCAGCUCGGACUUCACCGGCCAUCACCUGCUCCAGCUGAAGAAGCAGGCGCUGGUGCUGGACUUCAUCCACUACUGCGAUGUGGCCGAGUACCUGGCAAAGGAGAAGGUGGCGGGCGUCACCGAGUGGGGCUGGACGCGCCAGCUACGCUACUACCACCGCGCGGAGGGCUCCGUCAAGGUGUCCAUGGCGGAGGCCACGUUCGACUACACCUGGGAGUACCAGGGCAAUGCUGCCAAGCUUGUGUACACGCCGCUGACGGACAAGUGCUACCUCACACUCACGCAGGGUAUGGCCCUCGGCUACGGUGGCAACCCCUACGGCCCGGCCGGUACGGGUAAGACGGAGUCCGUGAAGGCGCUGGGCCAGGCGCUGGCGCGGCAGGUGUUGGUGUUCAAUUGCGACGAGGAGUUCGAUUUCAAGUCCAUGGGCCGCAUCUUCGUGGGCCUUGUCAAGUGCGGUGCAUGGGGCUGCUUUGACGAGUUUAACCGCCUGGAUGAGGAGGUGCUGUCCGCCGUCAGUCAGCAGAUUCAGACAAUCCAGCUCGCGCUCAAGGAGGGCGCCAAGACCAUGAUGUUCAUGGACAAGACGGUGGAGGUGGACAAGAACGCGGGUAUCUUCGUGACGCUGAACCCCGCGGGCAAGGGCUACGGUGGUCGCUCUAAGCUGCCUGACAACCUCAAGCAGCUGUUCAGGUCCAUUGCCAUGACGGUUCCCAACAACGAGCUGAUUGCCGAGGUGUUGCUGCUGUCCGAGGGCUUCAACUUCGCCAAGGACCUGGCGCGCAAGCUGGUGUCGCUGUUUAGCCUCAGCCGCGAGCUGCUGUCACCGCAGCAGCACUACGAUUGGGGUCUGCGUGCACUGAAAACUGUGCUGGGUAUUGCUGGCCGCGAGCUGCGUGACGCCCGCAAAUCGGGGCAGUCCGUCAACGCGGAGAUCGAGGCGGAGAUCAUUAUUCGCUCCGUCGCCGCCACCAAGCUGCCUACCCUCACGUUCGACGACAACUCACGGUUCAAGGCCCUCAUUACCGACCUGUUCCCCGGCGCCAAGCUGACGGACGCACGCAACGAGGCGCUGGAGAAGGCGCUGGCGGAGGCUGCGGCGGCCUGCAAGAUGGAGCUCACGCAGCAGCAGAUCGACCGCAUGCUGCAGCUUCACCUGGCGUGCGAGCAGCGCAUCGGUGUCAUCAUCGUGGGUCCCUCCGGCAGCGGCAAGAGCACGCUGUGGGAGCUGCUGGAGCGCGCGUACGAGCGUCUGGGCCGCAAGCCCAUCGUGUACAAGAUGAACCCCAAGGCCAUGCCGCGUCAGCAGCUGCUGGGCUCCAUGAACAUGGAUACCCGCGAGUGGAGCGACGGUGUGCUCACGGCUGCCGCACGCAAGGUUGUGAAGGAGCCGCUGGAGCAGCGCAGCUGGAUCAUCUGCGAUGGCGACGUGGAUCCGGAGUGGAUCGAGUCGCUCAACUCCGUGCUGGAUGACAACCGCCUGCUCACCAUGCCCAACGGCGAGCGUAUCCAGUUCGCCAACAACGUCAACUUCAUCUUUGAGUGCCACUCGCUGGAGUUCGCAUCGCCGGCCACCGUGUCUCGCUGCGGCAUGCUGUUCAUGUCCGAUGAGGCCAUGGAGGUGGACCGCAUGAUUCAGCGCUGGCUCAAGAUGCACACGGGCGAGGGCGGCGAGGCCUCCUCCCAGAUGGCCUCCUGGUUCAACGACUACUUUGGAAAGGCCUUCCAAUGGGCGUUGUCGCACCCGCGUGCGGUGGAGACCACCAAGGGCGGCAUCCUGGACAGCGCGCUGAGCCACCUGAAGCUGGGCCCCGGCUCCAAGCUGGAGUACAUGGCGGGCUUGUGUCGCGGCCUGGGCUCUAACAUGAACCCCGAUGUGCGCAACCAGUUCUACACGGACAUGGCCCGCAUAUCCGGCGAGGGCGGCAUCAUGGAUGUGGGCGUGGGCGGAGACCCUCUGGCCUUGUUGGGCGACGAGCUGCGAGAGCGCCCGCUGGACGAGGCUGACGGGGGCUUGGUCAUCACACCCGAGGUGACUCAGAACCUGCUCAUCCUGGCGCCCUGGCUCAAGAACCGCGAUCCCUUCCUGGUGGUGGGCCCCGAGGGCUGCGGCAAGGGCGCGCUGCUGGACUACUGCUUCAAGCGCAUCAUGGGCGUUCAGGUGGCCAUUGUCAACUGCAGCGCGCAGACCAGCGCCACCAACGUGGUGCAGAAGCUGGUCCAGGUGUGCGGCAAGCCCGUCACAACCACCAACGGCAAGGCGCUGCGCCCGCCCGACAACACGCGCGUGAUCCUGUACCUCAAGGACCUCAACCUGCCGCGCCCCGACAAGUACAACACCUGCCAGCUCAUCUCCUUCCUGCAGCAGCUCAUCACCCACCAGGGCUAUUAUGAUGAGCACCUGGACUUUAUCCGCGUGGAGAGGGUGCAGAUCGUGGGCAGCAUGACGCCGCCGGGCUCCGUGGGCCGUCAUGCGCUGUCGACACGCUUCACGGCGCUGGUGCGCAUCAUCACGCUGGGCUACCCAGACCGCGAGAACCUCAACACCAUCUACACCAACAUGGCGCAAAACGUGCUGUCCAGCUUCAAGUCCGCCAGCAGCAUCAGCCCCGCCGCCAUGUCCAAGGCCAUGCUGGAGGUGUACAGCGCGGUGCGCGAGCGCUUCACCACCAGCGACUACCCGCACUACGAGUUCAACGCGCGCGAGCUGACGGACUGGAUGACCGGGCUGCAGCGCUACAGCAUGGAGGGCGGCCUCACGCUGCUGCAGGCCAUCGCCUACGAGGGCACCCGCGUGUUCCGCGACCGGCUGGUGGGCGACCACCAGGACACCUUCACCUCCCUGCUGCACAGCACGCUGCAGUCGCUGCUCGGCUACAAGCCCGACGCCACGGCCUGGUACGCCAGCACGCUGGGCGCCUCGGCGGAGGAGCGCAUCAGCGGCGACCUCAACAAGAUCAAGAUGCUGCGCUGGGAGCAGGACACGUUUGCGGAGCUGGUGGCGGAGAAGCUAAAGGGCUACGAGCGCGAGCACAAGGAGCUCAAGCUGCUGUUGUUCCCCGAGGUGCUGGAGCGCGUGGCGCGCUUCGACCGCGUGCUGAGCCAGCCGGGCGGCUCGCUGCUGCUGUGCGGCAACUCGGGUGUGGGCCGCCGCUCGCUCAUGCUGCUGCUGGCUUACAUGCACAACAUGGACUUCUACACGCCCAAGAUGACCAAGAACUACGACCUCAAGUCCUUCCGCAACGACCUGAAGGAGGUGCUGCGGCGCUCCGGCGUGGAGGGCAAGCCCGUCAUGCUGUUCCUGGAGGACCACCAGCUGGUGUCGGGGGCCUUCCUGGAGCUGGUCAACUCGCUGCUGUCGGGCGGCGAGGUGCCGGGGCUGUUCACGCCAGAGGAGCUGGCAAAGGAGCUGGCACCGUUGGACAGGGCGCGCGACGAGGACCCGCUGUACACAGGUCCCUCCAGCUCCUACGCCUACUUCAACUACCGCAUCCGCCGCAACCUGCACAUCGUGGUGUCCAUGGAUCCCGCCAACGACCAGUUCCGCGCGCGCUGCGAAGCCAACCCCGCGCUGUUCACACGCUGUAGCGUGCAGUGGAUCGAGUCCUGGAGCAUCAAGGGUCUGCAGCAGAUAGCAGGCUCGCGGCUCCAGGAGCUGAUCACCAACAGCAAGGAGCUGGCCAAGCUGGGCGCAGAGAAGCUGAUCGGCCACAUGGUGCACCUGCAUAUCAACAGCGGCAGCACCACCACCCGCGAGUACCUGGCCCUGGUGGCCCUGUACGGCCAGAUCUACACGCGCAAGCGCACGCAGGUGAUGGAGCAGCAGAACUUCCUCAAGGGCGGUUUGGGCAAGCUGGCCGAGGCCGCCAAGACGGUGGACACGCUGAGUGUGGAGGCGGAGAAGCAGCGGGUGGUGCUCAAGGCCAAGCAGGCGGAGGCGGAUGAGGCGCUGGUGCACAUCCAGAACUCCAUGCUCAAGGCCGCUGAUCGGCGCAAGGAGGUGGAGGUGCUGAAGAAGCGCACCGCGGUGGAGGAGGUGGAGAUGAAGCAGCGCCGCGUCAAGGUGGAGGAGGAGCUGUCGGAGGUGCAGCCGCUGAUCGACGCCGCUCGCAAGGCGGUGGGCAACAUCAAGAAGGACAACAUCUCGGAGAUCCGCUCGCUCAAGAUGCCGCCCGACGCCAUCCGCGACGUGCUGGAGGGCGUGCUCAUGAUCCUGGGCCAGCAGGACACCUCCUGGAACAACAUGAAGACCUUCCUGGGCAAAUCCAGUGUCAAGGAUGACAUCAUCAACUACGAUGCGCACAAGAUCACGCCCGAGAUUCGUGCCAGGGUUGACAAGCUGCUGGCCGCCAAGGGCAACUCCUUCGAGGACGCCGUCAUCCGCCGCGUGAGUGUGGCUGCGGCGCCCAUGGCGCAGUGGGUGAAGGCCAACACGGAGUUCAGCAAGGUGCUGCAGCGCGUGUCGCCGCUGGAGGCGGAGCUGUCGCGGCUGCAGUCCUCCCUGGAGGAGAGCCAGCGGCUGAUCCAGCAGUACGAGGAGGAGCUGGUGCAGCUGGACGGCGCGGUGUCCCAGCUCAAGACGGACUUCAGCAAGAAGACCAGCGAGGCAGAAAGCCUCAAGAUGAGUGUGGACAAGGCGGAGGCCACGCUGUCGGCAGCACGGCAGCUGCUGGACGGAUUGAGGGGAGAGAAAGUGCGCUGGGAGACGCAGGUGGGCACCCUGGGCGAGCAGCUGAAGGAGCUGCCGCUGUCGUCGCUGUUGGCCGCCGCCUUCAUCACCUACCUGCCUGCGCACCCCGAGGAGCACCGCCAGCGCGUGCUCAAGGACUGGACUAGCUACCUGGGCGUGGGCGAGUUCGACGUGUGCCGCUUCCUGAGCUCCGAGUCCGAGAUGCUCAAGUGGAAGGCGGAGGGGCUGCCUGCGGACGGACUGUCGGCGCAGAACGCGGUGGUCAUCCUGAACUCCACCUCGCGCUCGCCGCUCAUCAUCGACCCCUCCACGCAGGCCUCGGAGUGGCUCAACGCGCACCUGAAGCUGUCGGGAGCAAACAUUGACGUGACCACCAUGGCCGACCAGCGCUUCACCACCACCCUGGAGCUGGCGGUGCGGUUCGGCAAGACGCUGGUGGUGGCGGAGGUGGACCGCGUGGAGCCCAUCCUGUACCCGCUGCUGCGCAUGGACCUCGACAGGCAGGGGCCGCGGUUCGUGGUGCAGAUUGGCGACAAGGCCACCGACUACAACGAGACGUUCCGACUGUUCCUGGUGACGCGCAACCCCGACCCCUACCUGCCGCCCGACGCGCGCUCGCUGCUGGCGGUGACCAACUUCACGGUGACCCGCAGUGGGCUGGAGGGGCAGCUGCUGGGGCUGACGCUGCAGAAGGAGCGGCCGGAGCUGGAGGAGCAGAAGAGCACGCUGCUGCGGCAGGAAGACGAGUGCAAGAUGGCCCUAGCGGACCUGGAGCGCAACCUGCUGCAGACGCUGGCCACCUCCACCGGCAACAUCUUGGAGAACAAGGACCUGCUGGACAAGCUCAACGAGACCAAGACCAAGUCCGCAACCGUGGAGAAGGCGCUCAGCGAAUCCAAGACGCUGCAGGCCAGCCUGGACCAGCAGCGCGAGGUGUACCGCCCCAUCGCCGCGCGCGGCUCCGUCAUGUACUUCCUGCUGGGCGACCUGCAGGCGCUCAACCAGAUGUACACCUUCAGCCUCUCCGUCUUCCUGGGGCUGUUCCGCAAGGCGCUGCAGCGCGACACGCCGCCAGGCGGCGACGUCACCGCCCGCAUCGCGGUGCUGGCGGAGUCGCUGCUGGAGUUGGUGUUCUCCUACGUCAGCCGCUCGCUGUUUAACGCCGACCGGCUGACCUUUGGCAUGCACAUGGCGCGCCACCUGCAGCCCGCGCUGUUCCAGGACUCGCAGUGGUCGUUCUUCCUGGGCAAGCCCGUGCCGGAUGCCGCCUCGCCGCCGCCCAAGCCCUCCUGGGUGCGUGAGGAGCAGGCGGUGGCCUUCUCCUCCCUGGCUGCGGCCUUCCCGCAGCUGGUGUCCGCAGCGGAGCUGGCGGAUUCGGGACUGUGGGCGCAGUGGGCCAGCGGGGCUACGGACUCGCUGCCCAGCAAGGUCACGGGCGGGCGGGUGAACGCCUUCCAGCAGCUGCUGCUGGUGAAGGCCUUCCGGCCGGACAGGCUGCAGUCCGCCAUGUCGUCCUUCAUCUGCGGCACGCUCAACAUCAAGUCCGUGUCGCCGCCGCCCUUCUCGCUCAAGGCGCUGAUCGAGUCGGAGAGCCGCGCGGAGGAGCCCAUCCUGUUCAUCACCACGCCGGGUGCGGACCCCUCGCAGGAGCUGUCGGAGUACGCAGCGGCCACCAUGGGCAAGGAGAGGUAUUUUGAGGUUGCUAUGGGUCAGGGCCAGGCGGAGAAGGCGGUGGCGCUGCUGCGCGAGUGCGCCAAGUCGGGCGGCUGGCUGGUGCUGAAGAACGUGCACCUGGCGGUGUCCUGGCUGCCCGCCCUGGAGAAGGAGCUGCUCAUGCUGCAGAAGCACGCCGACUUCCGGUUGUUCCUCACCUCGGAGCCGCACCCGAAGUUCCCGUCCACGCUGCUGGAGAUGAGCCUCAAGAUCACUUUCGAGGCGCCUCCAGGCAUGAAGAAGAACCUGCAGCGCACCUACGAGGCCUGGUCCGCCGAGUACCUCUCCUCGGGCCCGCCCAUCCGCGCGCAGCUGCUGUUCGUGCUGGCGUGGUUCCACGCGGUGGUGCAGGAGCGCCGCACCUACAUCCCGCAGGGCUGGACCAAGUUCUACGAGUUCUCCUUCGCCGACCUGCGCUCUGGCAUGGACGUCAUCGCGCUGGCCACCCGCAACGGCACCGCGCCGCAGUGGCAGCUGCUGCUGGGCCUGCUGGACGACGCCAUCUACGGCGGUCGCCUGGACAACCCCUUCGACCAGCAGCUGCUGCUCACCUUCCUGCGCCGCCUCUUCAGCCCCGACACCGUGGGGGCGGCGGGCGGCAAGGUGCGGCCGCUGCCCGGCAGCAAGGUCAUGGUGCCAACCACCAACCACCGCGGCGACUACGUCUCCAUCAUCUCCGCGCUGCCCGACGUCGACACGCCCGGGCUGUUCUGCAUGCCGGACAACAUUGACCGUACGGCGCAGCAGGUUAACUCUAGCCGCGUCAUUUCGCAGCUCAAGGCCAUGAGCCUGCGCGCCGAUGCGGCCGGCGGCUUCAACCGCGCUCAGUGGCAGGCGCAGCUGGGUCCGCUGCUGCGGCUGUGGGACCAGCUCAUGGCGGGGGCUGGCCCGCUCAAGGCGGCCAUGAAGGAGAUCCGCGCACGCGGCACCUCGGACCGCGGCGGCUCGCCCGUGGAGAACUUCAUCGCGCUGGA